AUGUCUUCUAAAGGAAACUCUCGAUCAAGUUCUUCGAAGAAGGAUGGAUCCAGUCGUUAUGCUACACGGCUUUUAGCAUUAGAAAAAUCCAAGAGAGCAAGCAGCGCUAAAGAAAGCAAUGCCAUGAAAGCUUGUGAAUGCUUGUUGAAAUCGGAAGGAUGGAAGGGAUCAAAACAUUCUCAAAAUGCAAAAUUUCCAGUAAAGAAAGGAACAGGCAAUAAAUGCUUUGUGAAAGAUUCCAAGAAUAAAUUUGCUGCUUCCAACCGUGAAAAGGUUGUUAUCGUGUCUAAGCGUUCGUCUUCUGUGAGUGUUGUGAAAUCUUGCAAUUUGAGAAAAUCUGUUUCAGUGAGGAAGGUUAGCUAUUCUACUUCCGUAGUUUUGUCUUCAGAUGAAGAUAGUGAUAGUGAAGAAGAGUCAGAUGAUGAAGAGAAAUUAGAGUAUUUGAAAAAGAAAAAAACUAUUCUGAAGCAUACUACUUCCAAAGUUAAAUCUCGAUAUUCUCGACCUAAGAAAAAAUCUGAUGUCCGGGCUGCACAGAAAGCUAAAGCUAUAAAGUUACUGUGUGAGAAGUUAUCUACGACCAAUAAGCAGAAAUCUCUUAGUCCAACGAGAGAAUUAAGGCCGAGGUUUCCAUAUGCUGUGAUGCAAGAAUGGCCAACAGCUAGAGCAGCUAGAAUGGCUAGCUUGAACGCUCUAGCCAAAGUUCAUGUUUUGUAUGAAAAUGAAGGGAAAACUAUUGGAGACAAUUUCAAAGAUGCUGAUGAAAAUUCUCUUAUCGACUUUUUAAAUGAAGAAAACACGGAUGAUGAAAUGGAUAUCAAAAAUGAAACAAAACCAAUUGUAAAAAAGAAUGAGAAUCAAAAUUCUACUAGAAAGAGUGAAACCCAAUGUAGUUCUGUUAAAAGGAAUGAAAAUCACACAAAGUCUUUCAAAAAGAACGAGAGUGCAGCUACAAAAAAGUCAGAAAAAAAUAAGAACUCUGAACCUGUAAAAGUCAAAAAAGAGCAAAAGAACAAAACUGAAUUCAAAAUGGCUAAGAAAACAAAAAAGAGGAAGUUUUCAGAUGUUGAAAUUAUUGAUACUAGAGUUUGCAAAAGAAUGGCCAGUUUGAAUGCCCAAGCCAUAUUGGCCGCCAGCUAUUUACAAGAACCAAAGGAGCCUAAGCCUAAAAGAAUACCAAAGAGGGUCGAAGAAAAAAGUGAAAGUUCUUCUGAUAUUGAUGUGAAAGAAAUUUUUUUAGAAUCAAAGUGUGAUGUACAAAUUAUUGAAACUGAACAGAAAGCUAAGACUUCGACUGUGAUAGAUCUGAUUGACAUACAUGAUAAGAAUGAAGAAAAGUCUUCCUCUCAGUCGGACUUGAAAGAAGAUCCUAGAGCUGUGUCUAAAAGUACAUCAUUACCCGAUUCCUCAUAUCAGAAGAGCUGGACAGUUGAAUCGGAUGUGUCACUGGCUGAAACUCGACAACAUAGCAUUAACUCUCAAAAGGAUGAAAGCAAUACUGUAGUUUCAACAACUGCUGCGACCAAAGUUGGUUUGACUCAAUACACUGAAGUUACCAAAGUUCAUAUCAAUGCUCGAAACGAUGUUGAAAUUAAAGAGGAAAGUAAAUCUGAAAGGAAAAUUGAAAGAAUUAUUGGGAAUGAUGAUGUUGCUAUUACACAAAUGUAUCAUUAUCAAUCCAAAAAUGCAAAUGAAAGUUAUUGUUUGCAAAUGCAAACAACUUAUAAGCCUGCCUCUAAAAAUCUUACGCCCUCUUCUUUACCAUUAGCACCAAGCAGUCCAAUGCGUUCUCAUUUAAGCGAACCUCUUAUACCUGGAAGACAAAACUAUUACAGUCAUGGUCCACUUUUGCCAGCACAACCAUAUCAUAUGAAUCCAGUUACUGGUAUUCCUCCUGUUAUGGGCAUGGAUCACCAUAUACCACGUCAGUAUGGUGCAAGUGCUUUCACAGUCCCCCAUUAUAGACAUCCUCAUCACAUGCAGUAUCCACAAAGUGACUAUGGUUAUUAUCAACCAGCUGGACCUUUGAUUCAACCCCAGCAUGAGCAGUAUACAAUUCACAAACCUGUUCCAUAUCAUCCUCAGCCUCAACCUCAUCUUCAUCAGCCACCUCAAAGACCGCAACUUCCAGUAUCUCCGAGAGAUCGAUAUCAUUCCUCAGAAGGUCCACGAGGGCAGAGAAACAGUUCAGAGAUCACUCCUCACCCUUCAUCUGUAUCUCACUCGCAGAACUCUAUCCCAUCUAAUCAUAUACCUGCUGCGAAAUUAGUGCAACCUGAACCUCAGUCAGCUGUGACAUAUAAACAUCAUCCACAAAGAUAUAAAAGCCCGAACUGGGAAAUGAAACAGAAUCAUGGCAUUGUCACCAACACUCCUUAUUGCUAUCCCUCUUACCAAAAUGAGCCCAGUAAAGAGCUUCAUACCAUGAACAGCCCAGAUUCUGCAAGAUACCCUUUACGUCCACCAUCUGUCAUUGAAAUUACUGAAGACAAUUCUCGAGAUACCAAAACAUACAUCCAGUUAGAAGUACCUAAAAACAGUCAUCGAGAGAAAAUAGUUGUUGUUGAUGUGGAAAAUGAUGAGAUAGAUAAAAAGUGUCAUAUUCCGGCACCGUGUGAUCCUAUUAUUCAGAAUUACAGUACAUCCAAGGAAAAAAUGGUGACAGACAAACCAGAGAUUUCAGUGAAAUCAGAGAUGUGUAAGCAAGAUAAGAUUUUGGUGAAAUCUGAGGUAGAAAAGCCAUCGACAUCUGAAGAGAUACUUGAAACAAACAGUAACAUAACUGAAACAAAAAUGCCCGAUGUUAUGGUCAUCGAAAUUAAAAAGAAAAAAGAAUCGGCUGUUAUUCGUAGAGCCAGAUUGCAUGGGAAGCAGAGAACCUUUAGAGAUUGUUACAACCGACCUUUAGCGCAGCUAUCAAAAGCAAAAAAAUCUGAGAACACUGCAUCUGGAGAGCAUUUAACAAAGCAUUUUCAACCUUUAGUUUCUUUACCCCGUCUUGUGCUUCCAAAAGUUUCUAAUAAAAAGCCUAAUCAUGGCUGGUCUUGGGAAGGUAAAUGUUUCGAAAAGCAAGUUUAUAUAUCAAAUGAUGAGUUACCUUGCAUCCGGAAGUGUUAUUCAUCCAUACGUCAUGUGGAAGGGGAUGUUAUUUGUGUGAAGGACUGUGUUUUUCUUAGAUCGGGUCCAAGAAAGACAGAUCUCCCUUUUGUUGCUAAAAUUACAGCUCUUUGGGAAAAUCCUAUUGAUAAUGAAAUGACGAUGAGUUUGCUGUGGUUUUAUCGGCCUGAGCAUACAGAAACUGGGAAGAAGCUACAUCAUAUGGAUGAUGAAGUAUUUGCAUCCAAACACAAAGAUGUCAACAGUGUUGCUUGUAUUGAAGACAAGUGCUUUGUCCUUACAUAUUUGGAGUACUGCAGGUACAGGAAGAAAUGCAAGUUAGCUGAGGACAAUAUUAUUCCCUUACCAUCUGUAGUUCCAGAAGUAGAAGAUUAUCCAAGGAAGAAAAGUCUUCCACCGGUCAAUAUUUCUCCAGAUCUUGUAUUGUUCUGCCGAAAAGUGUAUGAUUUUCGUCAGAAAAGAUUGUUGAAAAACCCCACCUGAAAAAUAACUUUUUAUAUAUAAGGGGAGUGGCAUUAAGUGAGAUUUUUGUAAGAGGACCAUUUGCUAGUAAUUCAUGUUUG